UAUUGUAAAUUUAAAAUUACAAACAUGAAGUUCUUAGUAGUGUUGUUCGCAGUUUUAUACACUUGCUCGGCUUUGCCCCAGCUCAAGAUUGAGGAGCGCAUUGUUGGCGGAACACCAGCUGCCGAUGGCGCUUCACCAUACAUGGUCUCUUUGAGACAACCAACCACCAACCGCCAUUUCUGCGGAGGUUCUUUGUUGUCCAAGAGAUGGGUAUUGACUGCUGCUCACUGUGUCACCGUUGGAGGACAUAACCAAGUCGUAGCUGUUGUAGGAACCAACAAAUUGAGCUCCGGAGGCACCACAUACAAAGCUGAACGUGUUGUUGUACACGAACGUUAUGGCAAUGCUGAUAUUGACAACGAUCUUGCCUUGAUCAAGUUGACCCAAGAUGUCGUAUUCACUGACCGCGUACAGCCCGUCACCGUAUCCAGAACUACAGUCAAAGGAGGAGAAACCUUGAGAAUCACUGGAUGGGGUUACACCAACCACGGUGGCCCAGUUCUGCCCGACAGUUUGCAAGAACUUCAUGUAACCGCCCAGACCCCAAGCACAUGCCAAAAAUACACACCAGCCGCCACACAAUUGUGCACUUUCUUGAAGACUGGACAAGGAGUUUGCAACGGUGAUUCUGGAAGCGCCUUGUUGCUCAAUGGUCAACAAGUCGGUAUUGCAUCCUACAUCUUGAACCAAUGUGCAGGAGGAUUCCCAGACUACUUCACAAGAUUGUCUUUGUACAACGACUGGAUCGACAACGUUAUGAGACAAUACUAAAUUUAAUAUUUAAUAAAUUAACUUGAAAUCUUUUUUGAGAACCUAGUAAAUUACAAACCAAUAUUUUUAAUAAUUUAAAUAAAUUAUAUUAAACAGAUA